AUGACGACCUACAUCCCCUCUCUCACGCUGCCCUCGGCCGUCUUCGAGCAGCCCGCCGUCUCCGUCCUGGUCCCUCUAGCGCUAGGCCUCGGGGUAGGCUACUCAACGCGCCCCACCCAGGCCCAAAAGCUCGCCCGCGAGCUCCGCCAGCCCCCCGGCCACCCGCCGCCGCAGUACUUCGGCCCUGUAUGGAGCUUCCUGUACGCCAGCAUGGGCUACGCCGCCUACCGCGCCUGGACGGCCGGGAUGGAGUCGUUUGACGUGCGGAAGGUCCAGCUCGCCAAGCAAGGCGCAACCCUCUACACCAUCCAGCUCGGCCUGAACCUCAUCUGGAUGCCGCUGUUCUUCCGUCUCGGACGGCCUGUGGAGGCUUCGGUUGAUAUUGUCGCGCUCACGGGUAUUACUGCUUAUCUCGCGUAUAUCUGGGGACAGGUCGACGAGGUGGCGGGGUGGCUGCUCGUGCCGUAUAUCGGGUGGUUGAGCUUCGCGACAUACCUAUCCGUGGGCGUCGGACAUCUCAACCAUUGGGAUUUUGAGGGGAAGGAGAAGGACGCUGCGAGGGAGGCUAAGAAGGAGGAGUGA